GCCCUGUACAGUGUACAGUAUGAGCGCAUGUGUGUGUGUUGUAUAAGAGGAGAGAGAGGGCCUUGCGCACAGCUCAGACACACCACUAGAUGACAGCACUGUCUAACCAAUUAGCUUGUAAAAAAAGGAAAAAAAAAAAAAAAAAUAGCAAUAUUCCCAACUCCAUAUCGCAAGGAUGUGGACUGUCCCUUCCUGUUUUAGUGCCGAGAGAGCCACCGUACCGACGCACACCGGAGCAGGAAUACAGGCGCUCAUAACGCGAUUAUGUCUGGAUUUUCGCUGUGUUCGUCCAACACACGGAGCUUUAUUUUCCACCGUGCGUUAUGCUGGUUUAUGUAUUAGGGAAUGCUGUUAUGUUAUUCCACGGGUAGCUGGUAACAGAGCAGGCCUGUUUAUUGCGCUUGCCAACCCUUGUUCCUUUCCUGUGUCAAUGAUUGUCCUCCCCUCUCACUUCUUCCAUGGCGGAGACUAAAAUCAUAUACCACAUAGACGAGGAGGAGACUCCUUAUCUGGUCAAACUGUCCGUCUCUCCAGAGAAAGUCACCUUAGCGGAUUUUAAAAAUGUCCUCAACAACCGACCCGUCAAUAGCUACAAAUUCUUCUUCAAAUCGAUGGACCAGGAUUUUGGGGUUGUCAAAGAAGAGAUUUCCGAUGACAACGCCAAGCUGCCCUGCUUCAACGGGAGAGUAGUGUCCUGGUUGGUCCUGGCAGAGAGUGCCCACUCUGAUGGAGGAUCUCAAUGCACAGAGAGCCACCCAGAACUUCCCCCUCCUCUCGAGAGAACAGGGGGCAUCGGAGACUCGCGGCCCCCCUCCUUCCAUGCCAACGCGGUGAGCAGUCGAGAUGGCCUGGACACCGAGACGGGUACAGAGUCUCUCCUGAGCCACCGCAGAGAGCGCGAGAGAGAGCGGGCGCGGAGGAGAGCCCGAGAAACUGAGCUCCCGCGCAUCAACGGUCACUCAAAAUCAGAGCGCACCGCGAGGGACUCGGCCAUGGGUUAUGACAGCGCCUCGGUAAUGAGCAGCGAGCUGGAGUCCAGCUCGUUCGUUGACAGUGAGGAAGACGAGGAUGCAAGCAGGCUCAGUAGCUCCACAGAACAGAGUUCUUCUUCGCAGCUGAUGCGCCGACACAAGCGUCGCCGACGGAGGCACAAAGUGGCCAAAAUAGACCGGUCUUCAUCCUUCAGCAGUAUCACGGACUCGACGAUGAGCCUCAACAUCAUCACCGUCACGCUCAACAUGGAGAAGUACAACUUUUUGGGUAUCAGUAUUGUUGGUCAGAGUAAUGACCGGGGAGACGGCGGCAUUUACAUCGGCUCUAUCAUGAAAGGAGGAGCUGUGGCUGCUGAUGGGAGAAUAGAGCCCGGGGACAUGCUCCUCCAGGUGAAUGACGUAAACUUUGAGAACAUGAGCAACGACGACGCCGUGAGGAUCCUCCGAGAGAUUGUCUCCAAAACCGGUCCAAUUAGUCUUACUGUUGCCAAAUGUUGGGACCCGUCUCCACGAAGCUACUUCACCAUCCCCCGUGCUGAGCCGGUGAGACCCAUCGACCCUGCAGCCUGGAUUUCACACACCACCGCCCUGACAGGACCUUACCCGCACUAUGGUAAAGACAACCAACCACCACCUCCAUCACACACUAUGAAACAUCAAUACUGUGGUAAUUAUGACAACCUUCCAACAUUCAAACGAUUGAAACGUUCUGCUCGUCGGUGUUUUCUCACAAACUCCUCUCCCGCCCCAGAGUUUGAUGACUUGCCGCUGUCUGCAAGUAAAACAGACAUGGCAACCAUCGUCAAGGUGAUGCAACUGCCUGACUCCGGCCUAGAGAUCAGAGACAGGAUGUGGUUGAAGAUCACCAUCGCUAAUGCUGUCAUUGGUGCUGACGUGGUGGACUGGCUUUACUCCAGAGUAGAAGGAUUCAAGGACCGGCGGGAUGCGAGGAAGUACGCGAGCAGUCUCCUGAAACACGGCUACCUUAGACACACCGUUAACAAGAUCACCUUCUCCGAGCAGUGCUACUAUACCUUCGGGGACCUCUGCCAAAACAUGGCAUCACUCAAUUUAAACGAGGGAUCCAGCGGUGGAGGUUCUGAGCAGGACACCCUGGCACCGCUCCCUCCCACCAGCAACCCCUGGCCCCUGGGCGGCCAGCCAUUCCCCUACCCUCCCUUUCCCUCCGCACCCCCCAGCUUCCCGCCAGGAUACUCAGACCCAUGCCACAGUUUCCACAGUGGGAGCGCAGGCAGCCAACACAGCGAGGGAAGCCGAAGCAGCGGAUCCAACCCCAGCGCAGGCAAAGGUAGACGCUCCUCUCCGCAGGAGAAGGGUCAAAGGUCAACAUGCAGUGAAUCAGAGCCCCGCGUCCGUGGAGGGAGGCGCGGCGACAGGUCCGCGAGCCAAAUGAGCCAUCACAGCCACACCGUCUCGAGUCACAGUCACGCCCGAUCGAAUCUCAGUCACAGUCAGUCACACAGGAGUCACUCUCACUCACAGAACAGCCACCCGUCCUUCACCUACAGCCACGCCCCUUUCACCCAGCCAGGCCCAGGCUCGUGUGCCCACAGCGAGCGAAGCCAUGCCUCCUCCUACGGCCCCCCCGGCUUGCCUCCCCCUUAUUGUCUGGCCCGUCUGGCCCCCAAGACCUCGGUCAGCAGCAGCACGCCCCCUGGAGCUCCUCCUGGGAGAGAGUUAGCAGCCGUCCCUCCAGAGCUCACCGCCAGUCGCCAGUCCUUUCAGCAUGCUAUGGGCAAUCCCUGUGAGUUCUUUGUUGACAUCAUGUGACAGGACAGUGCCUUUAAAACCCAUAGAGCACAAAACAAUUCUCCCCGAAUCCUCGUCACCCCUUUCCCUCUUUGCCUCUGACUGUCUCUAAGAAUGUAGACACUGACUGGCCGUCUACCUACCCAACCCCCCCUUCUGCUAUCUGUCUAUCCCUCUGAUGUUUAAGCAAAGGAAUAAAGGCAGCAAGCGCACAACAGGAGGGAGUCCUCUCACAUACACAAGCACGGGUCCUCUGUGGCUGAAAACCCCUCUUUUGUAUUGACGUGACGUGUACAGUUUGUGAAAACGUGAAUGGUAUUCGGUGUGGUGAUUCUUUAAAGCUUACCACGCAGACAUUCUCGAGAGUGUGUACUCUACUUUAGGAUAUUUUCUGUUCUGCAAGACCUUUAAGCUGGCUGGGCCUGGAUCUCAAUCCCCCAGACCCAGACCGACAAAUACAAGCCCGCACUUAGGAACAUUUCUCUGGGCCGAGAACUUGGAAUCAAUCUCCUGACUCAUAUCCGUGCGUACUGAUACAAUUUAAGUCUUUUACGCCAAACCUCUGACCCCAUUUUCCUUUAUACCGUGGCGUAGCCACCGGCUUAUUUAAGCUCUUACUUGCCAACUACUAAAACACUAACCAUGACCAGUUCACGAUCCGUGGAUUUCUUCGACUUCAUAAGGGAGGCCCUGUAGCCAGACGUUAGUUUAACUUGGCUGCAUAUUGCAUGACUGUCUCAACUGCUUUAAAGAAAAGAAAUUUUAUUAAUACAUUUUGUUUAAAGUAUUACCAUUAUUGGGGGGAGGGCUUACCUCUUGCCAAUGUUCUAAAGGAAGAAUCCGUACACUGGAUGAUUUUUUUUUUUUUGUGAUGUUAUUUAUGUGAUCAUGUUGCAUUGAUGGUGUCAUACUUU